CUUGUGGGGUUAGUGAAAUCACAGAAUUUACAGGACCUUUUUGAGAAUGUGAGGAUUGCCAAAGAAAAGCUCGUAAAGCUUGGUGUGUUCAAGACUAUUUUUGCUGUCGUGGAUGUGUCCGAAGAUCAUUCAAAGCCGAAUGCGUAUAAA